CAUUACUCUUUUAAAAUUUUAUUCUCUUUGUAUUUCUGUAAUGUGUAUACAUAUAUAAAUGUAAAUUGGUCAUCAUUAUUCACCACCGAACACAUUCACACACAAAAAAUGUCAUUCCCUUCACUCUUUUAUGCAUACUUCUUAAUCUUAUUAUCAUCGUUUCAAACUACUCACAACAUAAAUCUAAGCCCCUCACCAGCUCCAAAUCCAGUUUCUUAUGAUGAUACCGACAAUGCCUUAAGCGUCUUCGACGUGACUUCGUUUGGAGCCAUCGGUGAUUGCAGAACGGACGAUACUUCAGCAUUCAAUAUGGCAUGGGACAUGGCAUGUAUGAGCGCUGAUGUUGAUUCAGCCGUGCUUCUUGUCCCUAACACCUUCUGUUUCUUGGUGAAGCCAACCAGUUUCAAUGGUCCUUGCAGAACCCGCCUUACAUUACAAAUCGAUGGAACCAUUGUGUCACCGGAUGGACCAAAGUCAUGGCCGUGGAAUUACAAGAGACAGUGGUUAAUGUUUUACAGAGUGAAUGGAUUAUCAAUUCAAGGCUCUGGUCUUAUCAAUGGCCGGAUUAACUUCAAGAACAGUGGCCAGUUCCAUGUAAGGUUUGACAAUUGCAGUGAUGUGGUUGUAGAUUCCCUGACAAUCAAGGCAGCAGCUUCUAGUCCCAACACUGAUGGGAUCCACAUUGAGAAUACACAUAAUGUUCAGAUUCUCAAUUCCAUCAUUUCCAACGGAGAUGAUUGUAUUUCAAUCGGAGCCGGCUGUUUUAAUGUGGAUAUUAAGAAUAUUACGUGUGGUCCAAGCCAUGGGAUUAGCAUAGGGAGUCUUGGAGUCCACAACUCAAGUGCAUGGGUCUCGAACAUAACCGUAACAAAUUCAACAUUAUGGAACUCAGACAACGGCCUUCGGAUCAAAACAUGGCAAGGAGGGUCAGGCUUGGUUUCAAGAAUCGUGUUCCGAAACAUUUGGAUGGUGAACGUUCGUAACCCUUUAGUGAUAGACCAAUACUACUGCCAAACCAAGAACUGUCCCAACCAAACCAGCGCGGUCAUCAUCAGCGAUGUUCUGUAUGCAAACAUCAAAGGGACUUAUGAUCUUAGAAGCCCACCUAUUCAUUUUGGUUGCAGUGACUCUUUCCCCUGUACUAACUUGAGACUAGAGGAUAUUGACCUGUUUCCCUCAAAAGGCCAGCUUUUAGAAAGCCCUUUCUGCUGGAACGCGUACGGAAGCACGCAGACGAUUACAGUUCCACCUGUUUAUUGCCUCCUUCCUGGCUGC